CGGAGCGGGAGCGGGGGGAGAAAGCCUGGCGGAGCCGGGAGAGGAGGCUGCGGCCGGGCAGGGACGGGGGAGCCGCCUCGGGAGCCAUCCACGCCCAGCAGACGGUGAGAGACCCCGGCCCGGCCAUGCCCAACUUCUCCGGCAACUGGAAGAUGAAGAGCUCGGAGAACUUCGAGGAGCUGCUCAAGGCGCUGGGCGUCAAUGUGAUGCUGAGAAAAAUCGCAGUGGCCGCGGCCUCCAAGCCGGCCGUGGAGAUCAAGCAGGACGGAGAGACCUUUUACAUCAAGACCUCAACCACAGUGCGCACCACCGAGAUCCACUUCAAGAUUGGUGAGGAGUUUGAGGAGCAGACCGUGGACGGGCGGCCGUGCAAGAGCUUGGCCAAAUGGGAGAGCGAGAACAAGAUGGUGUGUGAGCAGCGGCUGCUCAAGGGCGAGGGGCCCAAGACAGGCUGGUCCAGGGAGAUGACCAAUGACGGGGAACUCAUCCUGACCAUGACAGCUGAUGACGUCGUCUGCACGAGGGUCUACAUCCGGGAGUGAGGCUCCGGCAGGGCCGCACCGGGCUCCUAUGGCCCCAAUCCUGCCCCCUCCACAGACCUCCAAGACCCCUGGCAUGGAGACCCAACCCAGGUGCCCCAGAGGCCCCACUCCACAAUCCCCCCUGCCCCUUUGCCCUGCCACCUCCAUCCAGGCACAGCAGGGUUCAAGCAACUCUGAUUAACCCCUCAUGGGCUUGUCCUGUCCAGCCCCAGCAGUGGGUACUUCGCCCUUGCACCCUUCCCAUCUGCUCAAUGACACCGACAGUUUUCCCAUCUGCUGCAAACCCAGCUGCCCCUUGAUGCCUGUGGGAGCCUAGCAGCUUGCCCAAACCCUGGAAGCCUGCAAGACCGCAAUGCCUUCAGUGCAAUUUGAAGGACCCUUUGCUCUCUGGGGUGGCAGGGAAUAGCCCAGCUGUGCUACCUUUGCCAGAAAUAGCGGUGCAAGCACUUGUGCAUAAACUGGAAUAAGAGCGUCCACAUGCAGGAGAUGUCCAGCGUUAAGUAAACUGGGAUCAUCCUCGAAUUGGGACAGCCCUGCUCCCUGACUUCCUUCCAACCCCAUCUCCCCCAAUUCCUGACUAGACCCCUCCCUUUGCCUCUCCUGCCCCAUCAAAGCCAUCUCCGUGCCUGCCUGCCCCCUCUCCAAGCACCAUGUGCUUUUCCAACCUGCAUCCAUGUCCCAGGGCCUCGCCAAAAUUGUCCAUGAUGUUACCUGUCCAAACAGGAUCCUUCCCCCCCUGGAGGUUUCCCUCCCCGGUUCCCUCCCCUCCCCCAGAUAACAGUU